AUGGGUCGUCAAACAGCUCGCCGUCGGGAGCUCAUCGCUACGCUGCACCUCAUUCUGCAUAAGGUUAAGCAGUCGAGUAUCUGCAACCGCCCAUGUCGCCUCGUUUCCGCCGUGGUCAGUCGGUAUUUCCCCACCAACCGUACAAUGGCAAUGGUCAGACGGCUGGCGAGCUCGUAUCUCUGCGGUGUCACUGCAAUGGGAAAUGACCUGGUACUACCUGGGAACUUUCAGGGAUAUCGAGCUCGACAGUCGACUGGACCGGCAUCAGUGGUUGACGCCAUAGUACUGCUUCGGGCAAGAAACCGGCUUGGAGUUGCGUUCGAUACUCGAGGACAACUUGAAGCCACUCUUUCCCAUCGAUGCAGAGAUCCCCCCAUAUUUCCAUCGUCAUCUUCGUCGCUGUCUGUGUCUUGUACGUCAUCCUGGUGGUGCUAUCACUCCACGCUCUCCGCCACAGCAUCGUUUCUGGGAAUGUCGACAUGCUACAACCUGCAGCCCCGAAGCGGACGGCACCGUAAACGAGACACAGCUCCAACGGACAUCUCUGGCACAGCUCUGGCACAGCGCGAGGCCAACCUUUUGCGAACGAUGAUCCAUCGUUGCGAAAACAUUAUUGCCCUGCAGAAGAGACUCCUCAACACUAAAACCGAGGAGCUCAGGACAGUGAGGCAUCAGAUGGAAGAUGGCCGGGCGCUUGUCAAACAGCCAUCUGCCCGUCCCAUCCUGACCGAGAAAACUCAGCUCUGCGAAUCCGUCGUGAUUAUCCAAUUGCGGAUAGAGCUCCCGAAGAAGGACACGCAGUUCAGCGUCGCGCGGGGGCAGUUGAGGCGCCUGGAGGACAAUGUCACUGCAACCCAGUGGUCCUUCGGAGAAGAAUCACCAAGUGGAAAAACAGCUGGCCAACGAGAGGGAACAGGCGGAGGCCAAUUCCUUGAACUCGGAAUGCCCAGCUCGUCGCCAUCGAGGACCGCCUGGCCGCUGGCGAGGCCCAAGAGCUGCUCUCUCGCGGCCGGCACAAGCAGAUCGACAUCGAGUGCCAGCAGCUCGUUAACCAUAAUAACGAGCUCGAUGCCCAGACCCCUCGAGAACGAGUCACUUCAGGCUUCGCUUGACCAGCUGUCCCAGCAGCUGGAGGGACCUGUGGUGACUAUCCAGCUGGAAGGCAACGCUGCCCUUGGGCAGGUCUUUUUCCUACAGAAAGAGCUCGCGACAGCCCAAUCGUCGGUGGAAAACACAGCUAGGGAAGCACAGGAAGCCCUCGCUCACACCAGCGGAACCUAG